GUUACAGACAGCAGAUCAGACCUGGAAGAUUUACACCUUUAUGCAACUCCGCGGGAGCAACGGUUUCGUAGGUUUGCUAGUCUGGAAUUUGAAGGACAGCUGUACAUGACUCCACACGACUUCAUCCAGGCUGUUACCAGUGAUGAACCCAAACAUGCUAAAAAAUGGCGAUCACUUUCAAAGCAGGAACUGAAUCAGAUCCUUAUGGAGACACCACCGGUUUGGAAAGGAUCAUCCAAACUUUUCCGUAAUCUUAAUGAGAAAGGUGUGAUAUCUUACACAGAAUAUUUAUUCCUCUUAUGUAUUUUAACAAAGCCACAUGCAGGUUUUCGAAUUGCUUUUAACAUGUUCGAUACUGAUGGCAAUGAAAUGGUGGACAAAAAGGAAUUCUUAGUGCUCCAAGAAAUCUUCAGGAAAAAAAAUGAGAAGAGAGAAAAAAGAGGAGAUGAAGAAAAACGUGCAAUGCUGCGUCUUCAACUUUAUGGAUAUCAUACUCCUACUAACAGUGUUCUUAAAACAGAAGGAGAGGACCUUGUCCCCAGGAGCUAUUGGGAUACUUUGAGACGUAGCACAAGCCAAGCGCUCUUUUCAGACCUUGCGGAGCGUGCUGAUGAUUAUACAAGUUCACUGUCAGAUACUACACUGCUGGUACACUUUUUUGGCAAGAAAGGAAAAGCAGAACUGAACUUUGAAGAUUUUUAUAGAUUUAUGGAUAACCUGCAGACUGAGGUUCUAGAGAUAGAAUUCCUUUCCUACUCUAAUGGGAUGAACACCAUCAGUGAGGAAGACUUUGCCCAUAUUCUCUUGAGGUAUACAAAUGUAGAAAAUACAUCAAGUUACCUGGAAAACAUGCGUGGCAGUAUUCCUGAAGAAAAGGGUAUCACAUUUGAAGAAUUUAGAUCAUUUUUUCAAUUCUUGAACAAUCUAGAAGACUUCACAAUUGCAAUGCAAAUGUAUAAUUUUGCAAGUCGUUCCAUAGGUCAAGAUGAAUUCAAGCGUGCUGUGUAUGUAGCCACAGGUGUGAAGCUCUCACCACAUUUGGUGAACACAGUGUUCAAGAUUUUUGAUGUCGACAGAGACGACCAGUUGAGUUAUAAAGAAUUUAUUGGCAUUAUGAAGGACAGACUCAAUCGAGGGUUUAGGGAGACUCCGAAGUAUGGUUGGAAGGAAUAUUACUCUUGUGUGAUGACUGUAACCAGUGAGCAUCUCAGAGAUCUGUGGAAGCAAUUUCGGAGACGAGAUAUGCUGAGAUAAAGGAAGAAAGCAGGAUUGUCUGCACUGGCUAAAAUUAUUUAUUCCCAUGAAUUCUUAAUGAAGAACAAACUAACCCAGGUGAAUUGCGAAUCUUCCAGCUGCAGUAGAAAACACAGAACUUCUUUUCCACUUAGUGUAGUGAUCAUCAACUCUUAAAACUGCUGUUCAGUAUGGAUUUCAUUUAAUUGAUGAAUUAACUAUGCCAUGUGAGUGGGCAAAGCCUUCUUUUGUAAGAACACCUUUUGAAUAUUAUUUUUUAUUAUUUUGAGAUAAAUUUGUGAUUUAAAAGGAAACAAAAAUAAGUCUUACACCUGGGCAGGAAGAUGUUUGGCAGUGAAGAGAAACCGCCUGCAUCAGCUUAGACUGUGAAUUCACUUUCAGAUGAGCACUAUUAAAAGUUUGUGCUAAACUGAAAGUGAGACUACAUUAAGUAGCAUAACAAUUACACGUGAGUUGAAUGGACAAAUUAAAGUCUUAGAGGCUGUUAUUUUACAAGGAGUAAGCUGUUAUGGUUAUAAUGUGAAUGAUAGGUAUUUACCUAGGAAAAGUACUGUAUGAACUACAAUGUUCAGAUUCUCCAAGUCUUAUUAUUGUGUUUAUGAAUUUAUCCUUUUAAAAAAUAGUACAGAUUUUAAGAUGUCUUACAAGCAGUGUGUCAAAGACAAGUCAAAAUGUUCAAAUUCAUGUAGCACACACUUUGUAAUAUUUAUUAUAAAUUUUAUUGCCAUACACUGGUAUGUUUCAGGUAGAGUACAAAUUCAUGUGUUUAUUGUGAAUAGUGCACUUUUAAUGAAGUGGCACUGAAUAGGAGUUAUAGUUGUCUAAUUUGCUACUCUGGAAUGCCGUAUCUGAAAACUAGAUAAAUAGCUUGUGUUUGUGUCAAAGCAAAAACAAAACAAAACAUGAAUGCAUGCACAGUACAGAACAACACUAAGUAGUAUUAUUUGAAUAUUACUUGUUUGCUAUUCAGCAGCAUAUUUCCUUACUCCCUAUUAACAUUAUUGUUAGGUAGUAGGAAUUAAAUCCACACAAACAAGAACAAAUAUUUUUUACACCCUUCUUGAAGAGAUUUACUGGAUAUUGAAUAAAUCUGUAUCUGUUUAGGAAAAGACUGUGCCAUGACAUGAUUCCAGCUGAAUACGCACACACUUGAACUAAUGUCAACAAAUUGUCAUCAGAAGCAGAAACAUUUGGUAAUCAGACAAUCAAAACAGAACUAAAAGAAUGCUUUUAGAUAUCUUACUACUCCAAAUCAUGAAAUAAAACUUUUUACAGUUUUAUUCAGUGCACAUGUUGCUCAAUUAUCAUCUUAAAUGUCAUGUGAAUAGAUGUAUGGUGUCUGUGUAACAGUGCAUCUAAGUUUUGAAAUGCUUAAUUUAUAGUAACAUAUAUUUCUGGUAGAAAAACCAAAACAAAAUGAGAAGGAAGCUUUUUUUAAGAAAUUCCACACUGAGAAUUGUUAAAAAAAUAAAUUGCUAAGUGUGGCUUUUAUCUGAAAAAAAAAAAACAAACCCCACCGCAAAACCCAGGCCAGUUCAGAAAACUAUCAAAGGAUGAUACUUCAGUUAAUAUUUCAUGAUAAAUAAAUUCAAAAUUUCCACCUUGGUGUCCUUAAACUAUUGACAGCAAGAAAUAAAUCAAAUAAAUUGAGAUAAAGGUUCUUGAACUGACACAGCAGAACAGAGGUAAGCUGCAGUCCCUGAGUGAUCACUUGGGGAAUCAGCUGUAUUCAGUGUAUUGUCUCGGUACACAGAACUGUCUCACUGCUUCUUGUCAGCACAUGCAAAACCCAGUUUGCUACUUCAGUGGCAAAGGACAAAGAAGAGAGAAGAAAACAUUGGGAGUCACCGAAGGGGUUCCCAUCCUUCCUUUUCAUUCAUGGCUGUCACUCACAGUGACCUCCCCUUGGAGGAAGCAGCUGUACCAUCAUCAUUUUGCUGCUCCACUGCCCUAGGCAAUAGUGCACUUUGCUUUUAUGGCUGGCUUGAAGCAAUUUUUGCAUUUUUCUAUAAAUUUCUUAUCUAUAGUUACUUAAUAUUAAAUAGAAUGUGAAAGUGUCAGAUUAGUUUCUAAGACUAUUUUUCUUCAUGUUUAAUAAAAUUAUUUAAUAUAAAUAUGAA